CUUCUUUUCAACACUCCAACCACCGCACACACAUUUAUACAAAAUGCCUUUGGGAGAAAUUGACGUGAACACCUUGGACGCCAAGAUGGCCACCCUCAGAGUGAAAGCCAAGAAGAUGGAUGAUGUUGCGGUGACCCUGCGUGAACCCAUAGACACAUACAAUGAAAAGACUGACGAGCCCCUCCUCAGAGAAAACCCUCGUCGCUUCGUGCUAUUCCCUAUACAAUACCAGGAGAUAUGGCAGAUGUACAAGAAGGCCGAAGCUUCUUUCUGGACUGUUGAGGAGGUUGAUCUGUCUCGUGAUCUAGCUGACUGGCAGAACCUCAAGGAUGGCGAGCGCCACUUCUUGUCCCAUGUGUUGGCUUUCUUCGCUGCCAGUGAUGGUAUUGUGAACGAGAAUCUCCUCGAGCGCUUCAGCGGUGAAGUACAAAUCGCCGAGGCACGUUGCUUCUACGGAUUCCAGAUUGCCAUUGAAAACAUCCACUCUGAGAUGUACUCUACGCUUAUCGAGACAUACGUCCGUGACCCCCGUGAGAAGGAUAACCUAUUUAACGCUAUUGAGACACUCCCUGCCGUCAAGAAAAAGGCCGACUGGGCCCUCAAGUGGAUCAACGACGAUGCCUCCAGUUUCGGUGAGCGUGUGGUAGCCUUCGCUGCAGUAGAGGGUAUCUUCUUCUCUGGCUCCUUUGCCUCGAUCUUCUGGAUGAAGAAGCGUGGGCUAAUGCCUGGACUAACUUUCUCCAAUGAGUUGAUCAGCAGAGAUGAGGGACUCCACUGUGACUUUGCCUGUCUGCUACACGACCACCUGGAACGUAAACCCAGCGCCGAGGUCGUGAAGAGUAUCAUUGUAGAUGCUGUUAAGAUCGAGCAGGAAUUCCUGACGGAUGCCCUUCCCGUGGCUCUAAUUGGAAUGAAUCACAAGCUUAUGUGCCAGUACAUCGAGUUCGUGGCCGAUCGCCUGCUACUCUCUCUUGGUCAACCUAAGGUUUACAAGGUUGAGAACCCCUUCGACUGGAUGGAGCUGAUCUCCCUACAGGGUAAGACCAACUUCUUCGAGAAGCGCGUAGGCGAAUACGCCAAAUCUGGAGUAAUGGGAGACAAGAGCGUCAACCAACACAGCUUCACCAUUGAUGCCGACUUCUAAAUGACAAUGGUAUAAUCUAUUGAAAUAGUAGCUCUUCGUCGUCAAAACGCACUCUAGCAAGUGUGGAAUUGGAAAGCUGCCGAUGAUCCCAAGUACGUGCCUCAUAUAUAAGUUGUAUGCACGGAAAGGAAUGAUUUGAUCACGCGUAGUGAGAGAGCGCAGCUAGUUACAUGUGAUGAGCCGGUUCCAAGGAUGCUAGUAUACAUGCUGAUACUAACAUUGGAUGUGGGGGGGAUUCGGUGGUCCAUGUGUGACUGAAUAAUUAGGCGUUAAUAUAUAUCUGUGUGAGUAGCUCGACGGUGAAAACACAACGGCUAGAACAGCCCUGCGAAUGAUGUGGAUACAAUAUAUAUUCACAUUCACACAGACGCACUCGUAAAUGGUGGGCGAAGUUUUGGUCGAUACAAUAUGGAUUGUAUCCUUAAGGCAACAACUACUUGCCUUUAAAUGAAGAAACCGUAUCGCUGAGCCGAGCGUUCAAUAAAUCAUCAUAAC